AUGGUCACCGGACGAGCGCUUCAUUUUGUAUUUAAAAUACCAGACAGGAAAUUGACUUGUAAAUUUUAUCGAGAAAUUCUUGGAAUGAAGGUUAGUAGUUUCAUAAUUCAAAUUGGUACCCUUUUAUAGAAGUUUUUUUUUUUGACAGGUGUUACGACACGAGGAAUUUUCCGAAGGUUGUGAAGCAGCCUGUAAUGGGUUUGUAAUCUGUUUCUUCUUUUAUUGUCAUAUAUUAUAUGUGCAAAUAGUUAUUAUUAAACAUCUUAUGUUUGUUAUAUAGGCCAUAUGCAAAUAGAUGGAGUAAAACCAUGAUAGGAUAUGGAACAGAAGAUACUCACUUUGUGAUAGAAUUAACUUAUAAUUAUGGGAUCAAAGAAUACAAAGUGGGAAAUGAUUUUGAUGGUAUUACAAUUCGGUCUAGGGAAGUACUUCAAAGAGCAAAAGCAGAUGGAUGGCCAGUGCAAGAAGAAAAUGGAAAAUUUGUUUUACAAGCACCUGGUGGUUAUAAGUAUUAUGUUAUUGACGAACCUCAACCUGUAAAUAAAGAUCCUGUAGAAAAAGUAACAUUGUCUAGUUCAAAUCUUCAAAAAUCUAUUGCCUAUUGGAAGGACAUCUUAGACUUAAAAGUAUUUGAUCAAUCUGAGAAGAGUGUACUAUUAGGAUACAGUGAAGAUCAAGCAAAGAUUGAAUUUAAAGACAUUGGUUCUGAAAUUGAUCAUGCUACAGCUUAUGGACGUAUAGCAUUCUCAAUUCCUCAUGCAGAGCAACCAGAAAUUCAAAAGAGAAUAAAAAAUAGUGGGCAUAAGAUAUUGACCGAUCUAAUCACUUUAGAUACUCCAGGAAAAACUUCUGUGAGAGUCAUUAUUCUUGCUGACCCAGAUGACCAUGAGAUUUGCUUUGUAGAUGACGAAGCAUAUCGCCAAUUAUCAGUUCCAGAUUAUCCCAGUGAAGCAAUUUUGGAUAGAUAUAUUAAAAAAGAAGGAUAA